AUGCCUUCCACUACUUUCUCUCUCUCCUCGGCCCUGUGCCUCAUUCUGGCCGUUGGCCCCGCCUCUGUCUUCUCCGCGCCUCAGUUGCCCGGUCUUCCCAUUCUCGGUGGUGACCAUGAUGACACUGGCCACAGUGAGCACGAUGUCGGAGCUGGAUACACCGUCGGUAUUCCCGAUGGACCUGCCGUCAAAUUCGGUGCCGGCGUCCACAGCGAGCACACCGGUCCUUGUGGCCCUGGCGCGAGCAGCGUGCAUGAUGCAGGCGCUGGCUACGAGGUCGGGCAACCUGAUGGCCCUUCCGUCAAGUUCGGUGCUGGCGUCCACAGCCAGCACGACGCUUAUCCUUGCCCUGAGAUCAUCGAGGCAGUCCCUCCUCCGGCUACCGUUGUGGUUCCUCCUACCGCUCAGGCUCCUCCCCCUGCUGUUGAGGCUCCCCCUACUGUUGAGGCUCCCCCUGCUGUCCAGGCUCCCCCUGCUGUUCAGGCUCCUCCUCCUGCGGCUGAGGCCCCUCCUGCCACCGAGACCUAUAUGCCUACUUUCAUCCCUCCCACUUACACUACACCUAUCAACGUUCCUACCAUUACCACCCCGGCCACAUACGCUAUUCCUACCCCGAUCUCCGUCACCUCGACCCCUCUGAUGAACUACCCGGUGCCUUCAUCUACUCCUCCUUCGCAGCCCAUGUUCAACUCCGCGUCCUCUCUGGUACCAAGCUCCGCCUUUGCCGUCGCUCUCUCCAUAAUGCUAUGUGUCUUUGCCUAA